UUGAUAGCAGUUACCUUCUUAAUUAUGAAGAACGACGCCAUUCUUCUUUACCCAGCUCUCGAUAGAGGCCAUUUCCUUUCCAUGCUUGAGCUUGCAAACCUCAUUGCCACUCACCACCCUUCCCUCUCCAUCAUCUUCCUCAUUUCUACACCACCGACACCCACCACCAUCCAAAAACAAUGUCUCUCCGCCCUCUCCACCGCCGCGCCCUCCAUCACCUUCCUCCACCUCCCUCCAGUCACUCUCCCCGCUGACCUCCACCCACACAUCCUCUGCAUCGAACUCUCUCGCCGCAGCAACCACAACCUUCACCAACUCCUCCACUCCAUUUCCAAAACCUCCACCAUCAAAGCCAUUGUUUUGGACUUCAUGAACUCCACCGCCGCUACGCAAGUCACCAACAGGCUCAAUAUCCCUACCUACUUUUACUUCACUUCAUGUGCUUCCUCUCUCUCCACUAUCCUUCAUUUUCCAACUCUUCACGAAACCACCACAACAUCCUUCAAGGAUUUUCCCAUGCAGAUUCAAAUUCCUGGGCUACCCAGAAUUUCUACCGAUGACUACCCCGAUUUAACUAAGGAUCGUGAGAGUAGCAUUUACCAUGUUUUCCUUGACAUAUCCAAAACCAUGAGAGAUAGCGAUGGGAUCAUCGUCAACACCUGUGACGCCAUUGAAGCAAGAGCUAUAAGAGCUUUGAGUAACAAAGAAAUGAAUAACAAGACACCAGAACUAUUCUGCAUCGGACCCAUGAUUUCGAAUACGUGCGAGAAUGAUGAGAAAGGGUGCCUGAGUUGGCUCGACUCGCAGCCGAGUCAGAGCGUGGUGCUGCUGAGUUUUGGAAGCUUGGGAACGUUCUCGAAGAAGCAGUUGAAGGAGAUAGCUAUGGGGUUGGAGAAGAGCAAGCAGAGAUUCUUGUGGGUGGUGAGGGCUGAAGCUGAGUCAGAUAACUCGGAACCGAGUCUGAACGAGUUGUUGCCGGAAGGGUUCUUGGAGAGAACGAAGGAGAAGGGAAUGGUGGUUAAGGAUUGGGCCCCACAGGCAGCGAUACUGAGUCAUGACUCGGUGGGUGGGUUUGUGACUCACUGCGGUUGGAACUCGAUCCUGGAGGCUGUUUGUGAAGGAGUGCCAAUGGUGGCGUGGCCUCUUUAUGCAGAGCAAAAGAUGAACAGAGUGAUUAUGGUGCGAGAAAUGAAGGUUGGUUUGGAGGUGAAGGAGGAUAAAGAUGGGUUCGUGAGUGCAAGUGAGUUGGAGGAGCGAGUUAAUGAGUUGAUGGACUCGGACAGAGGGAAAGAGAUUCGACAGAGAAUCUUCAAGAUGAGAAUCGGUGCUGUGGAAGCAAAGGAUGAAGGUGGAUCUUCUCGUCUUGCUUUGAACAGGUUGGUUCAGCUUUGGAAGUCAACCUGAAGUGUUAAAAUAAGUAGUUGACUAUUUACAUAAGAGAAAGUUAUCUUUGUGUAAUCAUCUAUUAAAUAAUUUAGUCAUAUAACUCAAGUUAUCUAGCCAUUUUCAAUUAUCUUUAUC